CCUGACCUAAACUCCAAGUCACGUGACUGAUAUUCCAUCCUCGCCAUUUUGCAAUGUGGGAGAGAGGGAGGCCACUUUUUUAUGGCUAACGAUUAAAACAAAGCAGUUUUAUGUGUUGAGGACAAAGACCGUCGAGCUUUCCCUGUCAGUCAUGGAGGAGAUCAGCAAUGUAGCUGUACUCAUCACUCACUCCUCCACGCCUUCCUCUUCCUCCUCCACACCGUCAGCACUGGGGUCCAUCUCUCAAAGCCAAACAAGGCAAGCGGCAGAGGAAGACACCUCCCAGAGUUUUCAGCAGAAACAAGCUGCGGAUUCUCUCAUCCAGGUCAUAGAGAAGCUCAGCAAAAUCGUGGACAAGCGGCCUCAGCGUCGCUGUACCUUGGCUGGACAGAAAAGAGCAAUCCAGCAUGCUUCUUUUGCAGGGGGAGGAGGAGGAGGUGUGGAGGUGACAGGGGGUAACAGAGGAAGCUCUCCCUAUAAGAAAAUAAAGAAGAACUGUAAGGAGCAGGAGAGUGUAGAGAGAUUAGAUUGCAUCAUGACUGACGGCGCUCUGUCUUCACCUGUGCCAGGUGACAAUAACAACAAUACCAGCAACAUCACCACUGUCGUAACGGAUGGCAACUCCGACAGCAGCCACCACAAGCGGACAGUGACAUGUUAUCAGUGUAGCCUGUGCCCGUAUCUGUCUCAAACGCUACCCCUGCUCAAAGAGCAUCUGAAGCAACACAACGAGCAGCACACUGACCUCAUCCUCAUGUGCUCCGAGUGUCGCUUUACCUCCAGAGACCAGGGGCAGCUGGAGGCACACGUCAGGUUGCACUUCAACAGCGAUGACAACCUGAUGAGGAAUUCUUCUGUGUCUGACACCUUCAGCGAGGGUGCCGAUGAGGUUUUAAGAAAGCACGAGGGGGACUGGACUGGGAGCUGUAGUAGUAUAGGAACCGAGGUGAUCAAAAGUUCAGUGGACAGUUCCCAGGAGCUACCACAGAAGAAGAAAUGGUAUAGCUAUGAGGAGUAUGGAUUGUACCGCUGCCUGAUCUGCAGCUAUGUGUGCAGCCAGCAGCGAAUGCUCAAGACCCAUGCCUGGAAGCACGCUGGCCUAGUUGACUGCUCUUACCCCAUUUUCGAGGCUGAAGACGGUACUCCGACAAGGAGAGAGGCCCAGGCUGCCACCAACGCCACUGGAACCAGAGAGAAAAUAGUUGUUCUUUCCCCAGUUCUUCAAGAUAAAAGCAUGCAAAAGCUGCCUCCUGCCUUCAAGCUUCAGCUGUUUGCUACUCCCCCGCUGGCUGUUGAGAACAAACAGGACUCGUUGACUCAUCUGGUGUCCAAUCUCAGUGAAAGUCCAAAAACAGCAGGGGAGGGGGAGGAAAGUGCAUACCCAGUAAAAGACCUGACCUCUGAGGAGCCCAUGGUGGAGGUGCAGGUGACAACAGAGGCAGAGCCCGACCUGGAGAUUGAGAGUCACCAUGACAGCACCUCCACCACAGACAGCUUACUGUCAUCAGCUCAGAAGAUUAUCAACAGCAGUCCGAACAGUGCCGGCCAUAUCAACGUGAUUGUCGAACGCCUUCCUUCAGCUGAGGAUUCAGUCAUGGCGACUAACCCACUGCUUCUCAGCCCAGACGUGGACAGGGACAAGAGCUUGCUCGAUGCAGAGGAGGAAGAGCGGCACCAUCUGGGAGCGGUGAAGGAUGAGGUCGUCCCUGACUGCGAUGCUGGUAGCACUACUGACAACCAGCUAGUAGGAGUUAAUAUUAAAUCCUCUGUUUCUACGAAUAGUGACUCUCCACGGGAUGAAAACGUUCCCCCAGCUGGUCGCAAGAGGACACAUUCUGAGUCACUGCGUCUGCACUCUCUGGCUGCCGAGGCCCUGGUAGCUAUGCCUAUGAGGACCCCUGAGCUCCCAACCUCCAGCAAGGUAAGUGUGAAGACUAUUACAACCCAGGCACAGAGCCAAAACAUGGGCCAGAAACUCCCAGAGGUGACUACAGCUGGACAGAGGGCUUCUGACGCAGGGACAACCACCGCUCUGUUGGACUUGGAGCUUCAUAGCAAGGACAGAGAGGAAGAUUUGGGUCUGGGGGAGGGAGAUGAGGAGGGCCCCGCUAAUAAAGCUGGCAUCAGCCUAUCACUGCUCACCGUCAUCGAAAGGCUCAGGGAGCGCUCGGACCAGAACGCCUCGGAUGAGGACAUCUUAAAAGAGCUGCAGGACAAUGCACAGUUUCAGAACGGAAGCGUGGCAGGUGUGGUCACGGGAAACGGAGCUGCCACUUACAUGUGUAGCAUCCCAGGAAUGGACGGGUUGGUUGCCUCUCCUGACAGCGGUCUGGUAGACUACAUCCCCGACAGUGAAAGGCCAUACCGGUGCCGCCUGUGUCGCUACAGCAGCGGCAAUAAGGGCUACAUUAAGCAGCACCUACGGGUGCACCGGCAGAGGCAGCCGUAUCAGUGUCCCAUCUGUGAGCACAUUGCCUCAGACAGUAAGGACCUGGAGAGCCAUAUGGUUCACCAUUGCAAGACCAGGACGUACCAGUGCAAGCUCUGCCCAGAUGCCUUCCACUACAAGAGUCAGUUAAGAAAUCACGAAAAGGAGCACCAUAGCAGUGACGUGGCAGCCCUCACACCAGUCAGUGAAACUGGGCCGAUGGUGGAGGAAGCUGAGCGGGUAACAGAUGAAGAAUGUGGUGUGCAGAAGAUGUAUAAGUGCGACGUGUGCGACUACACCAGCUCAACGUAUGUUGGGGUGAGGAACCACCGGCGGAUUCAUAACUCCGACAAGCCUUAUCGGUGUUGUAGCUGUGAUUUUGCCACCACGAACAUGAACAGCUUAAAGAGCCACAUGAGAAGGCAUCCUCAGGAGCACCAGGCCAUGCAGCUGCUGGAGCAGUACAGGUGCUCUCUGUGUGGCUAUGUGUGCAGUCAUCCACCGUCGCUCAAAUCCCACAUGUGGAAGCACGCCGGAGACCAGAACUACAACUACGAGCAAGUUAACAAAGCCAUUAACGAGGCCAUCUCCCAGAGCAGCCGAGCUCCACAGAAGUUAUCUGCAGUGCUGGAGACAGUGGCAGAGCGCCCUGUAGUGGCCCAGCUCUCAAAGGACAGAGCAAAGGGCCCAGUGGAACCCCUGCCAACACCCACAAUGACGGCUACAACCACAGCUAGCCUGUCUGUGGACAGCUCAGGCAGCCUGCCUGUACCCACCACAGACCCUUUGCAGUGCGGUGUGCCUGGUGAAACUCCAAGCUCCCAGGGGAAGGACCCUGCACAGAGCCAGCCACGCACAGGCCAGGCCCCCGUCCCCGGACCCGGCAUGGAGUACUGUGUACUCUUGUUCUGCUGCUGUAUCUGUGGCUUUGAGUCCACCAGCAAAGACCGGCUGAUGGAGCACAUGAAGGAGCACGAGGGAGACAUCAUCAGCAUCAUCCUCAACAAGGAGCAGCAGCAGCAAGCAGAAGCCCAAGUAGGCCUCCAAACAGCAGAGUGAGACACGCCCCUCCUUCCCUCUCUGUGUGUUUAACCUGACCCUGCAGCUCACAAAAGUAUUUCAUCAUGUUUCUUUACCUCAAGGUGGUGCAUAUCAAGGUGUACCCAUUUCAUGUACACUGUACCAUAGUUAAUUGUCAUUUAUCAGAAUCUUUUCCUGUUUAGGUCAGUUUUGUGUCUGCAGUAACUACUGUUGCUUAAACAGCUGUCGAGAAAUGUGAUGAAAUGAUUUUCUGAGGAGUGUAAGAAAUGUUUAAAAAAGAAAAAAAUGAGAAGAAAGAAAAAACGUCAUAAGCCGUUAAUAUUUCUGUCCAAUAAUUUGACAUUACAGCGACAUAAAAUGUGUGUGGAGGGAAGUGAUUUUUGAUUUCAAGGGACAAGCCUGAGCUCUAACCCAAGUCAGAUUUUUUUUUAUUUUUAAUAAUUACUAUACAGGGACAAGUUCAUACCUCACAAAACCACACAAUCCCUCACCAGAAAUGGGCAAGAAAAAGAUUCACAUAUUUUCCCAGUCUAAUUCAUAUAUUGACCAUGAGGCAGCUCUUUUAUUGCUACUGUAAUAUUUAAUGUAUUUAAUCCUUCACAGUUGAGGCUCUAGCCUAGUUAAGGAGGUACACGUGCAAACUCAGCAAUGCCUCAAGGCAUGUAUCACAGCUUGAAUAUGAUUUAAUAUUUAUCUGUUUAUUUUUAUGCAUGUUAGUUUCCGUUAUGCCAUUUUAAAGAGGCAAAUGUUUAGUUUGUUUUUGUUUUUUGUUUUUGUUUUUUGCAUUGUCUUUUGUUUGUGUGAGUGACUGAAUGAAUUUUACUUAUUCAAUUCAUUUAUAAAGUGGUGUCUUGAGAGGAGAAAGUUCUCUGCGGUAGAAGCUGACCAGAGCAAAGUAAAGAUGUGACUUUGAUCGAUUUGUUUGUAGUCUGCCAGUGAUGGAAGUGUUGGUCCAGGACAUGUUGACAAAAGGAAUGAUAAAAAAGGGAAGUUGACACAGGUUGGAUUUUUUUUAUUGAAUGGUGCCUAGAUAUUUGAAAGUAGGAAUAUGUUGUAUUGAAUCCGACUCACCUGUUUUCACUUGUGAUUGUGGUGCUAUGCUGACCUUAAUAGUUGUCUUGGAGGGUAUAGUCUGUUUUAUAGCCCAUGCAGUUGUAUCUUAUAUCUAAAUAUAAUAACAUUUUUAUAAUCACUUUUACUAUCUUUUGCCAGUGUUUUUAAAUGAUAAACUUUCUAGUGUCAAACGCCAUUUGAAAUGACUUCUGUCCCAGCUAAGAAACAAAAUAAGACAUGCAUGGAACAGUAAAUGUUGGUGGGUGAUGUGGUUUUGAGGUGGUCCUCCCUCGUCCUCUCAUGUGACUGACUGAAGGCACGAGUAGAGUACAAUUACUGCAGCUCCGAAAUGGAAAAACUCAGCACAGUGUGAUGACGAUGAAAUGAAAACCUGACUCUCUAAAGGCUUCAUGUUUGCUGUGACUGAUUGUCUCACUGUGUGGAAUUCAGUUCUCGUACAGAAAACGUAAAAAGUGAAACUUGACAUAAAAAAAAAAAAAACGAAUGUAAGGAAAAGGAGUCCUGGCACAAAUGUAGUUCAUCUAAUCACCCAGAUGCAUGUUGGGAACAACCGAAAUCUGUACCACAUUUCAAUUUUACUUGGUUCAAACCUUUUCGUGGUUAUUAUUGGAGAUUUUAACUGGAGAACGUUCCUGUUUGUGGUAGUCUCCCCUGAAAAUCUGUCAAAUCAACAGAAAAUUAAACAUGUUUACCAGCUCGAGAGCCUCCUUUGCUACAUAUAUUAUUCUUUCAAACCAAACACUCAAGUCUCAAAUGCAUCAUGCAGUCCUGUCAUGCAGAACAAACUGUCAAGUUAAUUCAUCAGUAUGCCACCUCUUUCUUACAUCCACACUAGAGGAGCUGAGGAAAUUAAGAUAAAAUGAAAUAUCCAUAAUUCAUGCCCCACCCCCCCGCCUGACAUAACAGCUUGAAAUUGUGUCUGCACGUGUGUGUGUAGCUUAGUGGAUGAAACAAAAUUAAAUCUAUAUCUCAAAGACCUGUUACCUGACCUGGUAUUCCCAUUAUCAAAGCACGUACUUAUUGUCUGCCUUUUAAUUUACAAUUCUACGUGGCAGAAAUUAAGAAUGAUGCCUGAAUUUAAAACAAUAAAAUCAAACAAAAGCAAGGCUUCAGUGUCUCUGCAGACUGAAUAACGUGGCAUCCGUGGGAAUGAGCAGGGAGACUGAGGACCACAACCAAACUCUGACUCACCUGGGGAUCUUCUAUUAAUCUGACCUCUUGUUAUGAUCCCGCUUCUAAUAUGGAUUCCAGUUUCAAGACUCCUGUGCAGUUGUUAAUGUUUAGGAGUACUAUGGAGCUGUUUCUCACUGAGCGGGCGACGACGCACAUGGACUUGCGUCACAUGAUACCCAAUCCUUCACCUUUUCACCAAUGAUGGUGAAAAUGGGGGCACUCAAGCUAGUAAACAAGGGUGUAAACAGUAGUUUUAUGAGAAAGGGAAUCGCAGUUCUGUUCAUUUUUUUUCUUGCCAUGUUGUUCUUGUCAUGGUGAUGCCCAUAUGUUGUAAAAUCUUAGAAAUGAAAUAAGGUUUGAAAUAUAUUGUUGUUAUUGUCAACAAAUCCUAUCAAAAUCCCAAAACCAGUAACUCAUUCAUCUGUCGUUCAGUUUGCAGCCUCUCUAUCGGCUUUAUGGCACAAACACUUUGGUUAGUACUAAAGACAUAAAUUUGUAACACUGUCAUAAAUAUAUAGGUUCAUAGUUUUUUUUUGUUUUUUUUUUUUAAAAAAAAAACACAUUAAAUUGUUUCAAAUAACAGUUUGGCACUGAUGGUUUUAGCAAAUGUUCCUCAAACAAACUGUUACAGAGUAUUUGUUUGGGUCUGUUUUCUAUUGUGCAUUAAUUAACAUUUGGUGCACUAGUGAAUAUUUUAGGCAGCCGGAUGGUGUAAGUGGGAUUGACUAGAAGCAAAUUACAGUACUAAUGUUCAGGGUGAUGUAGAGGCAGUGCAGUAGAGUGGAUCACUGGUGGGUUUUUAAUAGUGUUUGGACAACAAUGGAGCACUGUGGCACAGAGGAACAAAUUAUACCAGGCUUAGGACUCCAACACAGUACUUGUUGAUAGGAUCAAUUGAUUUUAGUCUGUCCACGAGAGGUGUUGAAAAUACCAAAACUAUAAAAUAUCUCCAGAUUUAUGGUUAAAUUUUGGUGUGUGCAGUAUUUUCACAUCAUUAGAAAUGAUAGCCAAAGCUACCAGAAAUGACAUUCAAGCAGUAAUAAACGGACUGAAAUAUUUGCUGUUUAUGUCUUAACUUGAGAUGAUGGAAUCACUUGAAACCAAGUGUUGCAGUGUCAGUCAGACAUUUAAUUUUAACAAAUAGUCUUGUAUCAUGGUCUUUUAUAUUUUGUGCUGUGAUUACAAAAUAGCUCAUGAUAAUUCAAGUUUUUUUUUGGUUUCAACAAAAUAAUUUCACAUAUUUUUAGAAUGUUAACACAGUCACAAGUGAAGAUGAAAAACUUUGUAUCAGGUUGUGCUUCAGUUGGUGUAAAGUUCAGCUAACAGCUGGGAAAUGCAUCUUGGGUCAUUCUCUCUGUGGUGAAUACAUAAAGGCCAAGUGGGAUUUUGCAAGCAGUGAUAUAUCCCAUUUGGUGUCACAAAUUACAAAAGUGCAGCAGAAACUGCAAAUAUGAAAGCAUGUGUCUGUUCACCCCUUUCAGAGCAUACACAUUUUCCACAUUCACCACAUUUGUAUUUCCCACAGUCUGUUUUCAUUUAGAGCCCAACUACAACAUUUGUGCCAUAUUUGAAAGCAAAGAAUUGUCAUUUGUUUAAUUUUAUUGUGCCUUUUGGUUUAAGGUGUUAUUUGUGUUGAAACUCCAACUUCGCCCUCUCUGCCAAAACUUCAGUCAGUUAUCUAAAUGUUGUAGCAAUAGAUCCAUAUUCUGAUUUGGACAUAAAAUGUAGGUUAUUCUUGUGACCGUGCCGGGUGUUAUCAUAUGAAGACCCCAGUAUAUUUACCAUAGAAGUAAAUCCACAUUUCUGGGGCAAUUAAGGGGACAUGGAAGCAACAAUAAACCAAGAAUGUGAAACAGCCCUUCCUUGUAUUACUAGUUACUUUACCCAGUAAUGAGCUCAAACUCUUGGUACUGUAUUUUAAGUAUGUACAUAUUGUAGAUGAAGACUACAGAACCUAUAAACUGACAUUUUCUAAAAGAUAAAAUCUAUUUUUAAUGAUCUUAUGUAAAAAAAAAAAAAAAAAAAGAAAGAAAAAGAAAAGAAACAAUUGAGGCAAAAAACAAAGUUUUAUAUUUAAUUCUGGCUCUGAUCUUAUUUACUCCCAGUCUGUCUGAGGGAAGUGAUGGUUUUAAGCUAAAUACUUUCAGCUGCAUCUGUUAAAACCAAAGUAGGUGGAGAAGAAGAUAUAAGAUUUCUGUCUUGAUUGGUGCAUUUUUGUUCAUAUUUUGUAAUAGAUGUUCAGCAUGGAGUAGUUUCGGAAGGCAAUGUGAUGCUUGCUUUAAGUUUAUUUAUUUUUAGAACAUCAUAGUCUUUAUUAUGUCACUACUUUGCCAGUGUAUUUUUGGUAUUAAAGACAGAAAUAAAUGACUCCUUUUUUUCCUC